GACACACAGUUCUCUCUAGCUCUCGAUAUCGUGUAUACAGCUAGCUACGAAGAACUGCGAGCGCUAGCUAGCUGCUGCAUGUACUGUACGGUACUAGUAGCUGUGCAUGUGCGUUACGCGUUGCGUUGCAUGCAUGAUUGCAGUGAAGAAUAAAGAAUUAGAAUGCCUGUAACAAUGGCUUCCAAUCGAAUGAAAUAUAUUCGUGAUAUUCCUGUCCCUACUAGACAAAGGCUAUGUGAUUAUUUGGACGAUUUAUCCGGCUUGAGGAACUGGAGACAUUUAGCUGGAUUGAUGGGAUUCAGCCACAAUGACAUAGCAGCAUUCCAGCUCAACUUGCAUCGGCCAGGGGGUAGUCCAAGUGACGUGAUGUUGACUACGUGGGACUAUGAGAACCACACCAUAGAAGAGCUGUACCUGAAGCUGUAUGAGAUGAAACAUGCAAGGUGCAUGACGCUCCUUAAGGAUUAUGUGAAACCAGAAUUGCAUUAUUUGAUUCAGAAGGUCACAAACAAUGAUCCAGUGGUCCCAGAACAGCCUGCUGUCAAUGUAGGUCAACCUAUCAACCAAUUUCAACAAGGAAUGGCCAGUAAUAUUCCACCUGGCCAUGAAAACCAAUUUCCAAGAAGCAUGUCUCCAAUGCCUCCUCAUAUGCCUCAUGCCCAUCCACUAGGCCAGCCAAGUCCCCAAUAUCUUCCUCAGACCCACAACCAUAACCAGCAACAGAGUAGUGUCAGAACUCCUUCAACAGCCAGCUACCACAGCAGCAACGCCAACAUUCCAUUGCAACCUGCCGAUCCACGCAUGAUGAUGGCCACAAGGCCGCAGCAAGUCGAUUACAACGCCUUUCAGCAUCCGAACUACCGGCAGGAUUACCAAGGAUCUAGGCACCCAGGCAACGACCUGAUGAGGACACCAUCGGAACAUCCUCUAGGUGGUCCGAUGCGCUACCAGUCGCACUUCUCUAAUGAUGAUAAUAUGGCCAUGCCACCUCCAGUGUCAUCAGAGUGUCUUCCAAUGUCCAGACAGCCUGACUUUCAGUCAAUCCCCCAUUCAGAUCCCAGUGUGAAGCAGUCUAACACAACAGCCCCAAGCAGUGUUGAUAAGUAUCUUGAGGCAACAAUCCAAGUGCCGUAUGAAAAGCUGUGCAAGGCUACAGAGAACUUCAGUGCUGCACGCAAGCUUGGUUCAGGAGCGUUUGGGGAAGUGUUUCAUGCUCAACUUGAUAUGAUAGAUGUGGCUAUCAAGAGGAUCAUCAAGAAUGAUAAUGUCAAAUUUAACCAAUCCAACAUUAGAGGAGAUCAAAUCAAAGAAAUUGAAGCUCUUACAAAGUACCGAUGUAAAAACAUUGUUUGCUUGGCAUCCUAUUCUGUUGGAGAUGACUGUAUUUGCCUGAUAUUUGACUACAUGAAGAACGGUUCAUUGGAAUAUCAGUUAGAGGGCAGGGCACCUCAAGGUCCAUUGGAGUGGAAGAGAAGGCAUAUGAUAGCUGAAGGAGCAGCUAUGGGGAUACAGUACCUUCAUUCAAUACAAAAUCCACCACUCAUACAUCAAGAUAUCAAGAGCUCAAACAUCCUCCUUGAUGAGAAUUUUGUGCCUAAGAUUGCAGACUUUGGUCUAGCUAGACCAGGACCUACGAAGGGCAAGGAGUACACCACUCUCAAGACUAGUGUCGUGUUCGGUACCAAGGCCUACCUGGCUCCGGAGUUUAUCCGGGAUCCAAACAGAAAGCUGUCAAAGAAACUGGAUGUCUACAGCUUUGGUGUUGUCCUUCUUGAGUUGGUUACUGGGGAGAAAGCAGGACAAGCCAAGAGGCGGUUUCAGGCCAAUGAUCUUCUGUGGAGAUGUGUUGAGAGAAUCAUGGAGGCCAAUGAAGGGAGACCCCAAGCUGUGGUAGCCGAGAUCCUCCAGGAUCCGUUGUGUCCAGCAUGGCCCACCAGGUACAUGAUGGGCCUGGUUAACCUGGCCAUGGACUGUCUCAAGGUAUUCAAACACAGACCAGAAACAGAACAGGUUUGUCAAGCGUUAUCAGAAAUGGUAGGAAGGAUUGAAGAGGAAGAUAGACAUAAGUCUUCAAGGACUCAAAAUUAUCCAGUUGAAAGCUCAGACCCUCUGGAGCAUGGCAAGGCAGUUGAAUCAUCAGAUCAGAUAACUGAAGACCAAGGCCAGUAUGGUGCCAGCGGGAGGCCUGGUUUCCAUCGGUGGGAGGGUGAAAUCAAGGAGGAUCCCGCAAAGUAUGAACACUAUGGUGGCUUCCGGGCCUUGGCCAACGGCCCUAAAGUACAGGGUGAUGUGAAUGCUGCCGAGAGACCACGUUCAGCUGAGACAGUUCAUAACUUGCCAGAAAGAAGAUUGGACCAGAUCCACGAUCGUAGUCGGAUGAGGGAAGACCUUGGACGGGAUGACAUGUGUGAAAGGGAGAGACAGUAUCAGUAUCAGAUGCAACAACAAGAAUUGUACAAUCAACAGAUGUAUGGGCAUCGGUACCUGUCUCCUGCAGUUCCAGGAGCAGGUAACCCCCAUAUGGACAGGAACGCUGCCUCAUCUCAAAGUAGCAUGUCCCCUUCUCCUGGAUCAUCCUAUCCGAGCUAUUUACAAUCGUCCAGUAUUACAUCUUCAUCAGAUGCAUCGGGGGCACGCUUCCAGGGGACGUACAUGGGACAUCCUCAAGGAAUACCUCAGGGACGGUACGGAGAUCACAUGGAUCCUCGUCUUAGGCAUCCAUUGAACAUGCCUCAGCAAGUAAUGCCGGAAUCCAACUAUAUGGUGGAUGGUCAGUAUGAGUACUACGGACAGCAUCCAGGCUUUGGACCUCCAAUGGGAAAUCCAAGACUACAGGUUGAUGGCUAUCACCAAAGGCCCGAUAUCAGAGAACAGGGCCAGCAGAGACUCGAGCACUUGAACAGAGAGGGAGUUGCAGGAUCCACUCAGGAUGGGAACCUGGUUGCACACAACCCCCCAGCCUCCGCCUCCCCUUCCUCUAACUCUGCUACAGCCUCCUCAUCUUCUUCAUCUGAAUCACCCAAAGGCUUGGUAUACCCCAAGAUGCGUACUUUGAAUCUGGAGCCUAUAUCCAUCCAAUCAAGCGAUAGUUCUGACCUCACUGAGGACACAUCCCUCUCUGGAUCAAGCAAAGAGCUCCCUCAGAAUGGUUCUGAUGGUAGCACAGAGACUAAUGGUCAAAGAGAGCACAUUGGAAUGUUACAGAGUGGAAGAGAAGAAGGCAUUAAGCAGCAUAGUGAUGGACACCAAAGAGAACCUGGAGAGAACACAGAACCACAAACACAGCCAUGCCAUUGAGGUGAUGUCAUCAAAUGGUAAUAAUAACUGUUUUUAUAGCGGCAUCUAUCUAAAAAUAAUUCUUUCUGGGUUUACUCUAUUAUUAGUACCCUGGCUUCAGCUGUGUGGCUCAGAACUCACUAUUAAUUUUAAAAAAAUGAAGGUUUUUUUUCUAUAUAUAUAUAUUAUGUAAUUUAAACAAUUGUUAAAAAUCUUAAAAAAAAGAUAUAUAACUUGCCAAAAUGGAUCAACCUAAUCCUGUGGUACUAUAUGAUAUGCUAUGCUAUGCUAUGCUAUGCUAUGCUAUGCUAUGCUAUGCUAUGCUAUGCUAUGCUAUGCUAUGCUAUGCUAUGCUAUGCUAUGCUAUGCUAUGCUAUGCUAUGCUAUGCUAUGCUAUGCUAUGCUAUGCUAUGCUAUGAUAUGAUAUGAUAUGAUUAAUGGUUUAUUCAAUAGACAUGCAUCGCAGUAAAACAACCUGAAUUACACGUUUUACAGGGUAUUGCAACAUAAAUGGUUAAAAAAAUACAGAUACAAUUAAAAUUGUUCACAUACUUAAAAUUUGCUCAGUAAAUUAUUUGAUAUAGAUGAAUUCAUACCAGAAGAAUGCAUACAAUUAAUUGAUAAAAUUAUUCCUGAAAAAAACUCUUAAAACACAAUCAAAUAAGGGUAAUAAAAAAAAAUCACAAUUGCUAAUGAUGUAGAUUAAACGUUCAAGAAUUUUCAAUUUAUUUCAGUUAAGAUUUGUAAUAUUUACUAAGCACAUGUACAAGAUUAGGGAGGGCACUGUCUUUAAAUCUUUUUAUCUUGCAUUUGAAUUCAUUAUAUUUGUUUGCAUUUUGAAGAAAAUUAUUAUUUCUUAGAGGAGGUAACCAAGACUGACAAAUUGUUUUUUUCAAAAGAAGUAGCAAAAUCUUGAGUAAGUUUGUCUCUUCGGGAUAAUAGAGUUGAUAAACCUAGCUCUACCAAUGCAUCAUCAUAUCAACUGUAGUUUGAUCCAAUAAUUAUUCGACAAGCUCUUUGAUAUGAUAUGUGAUAUGAUAUAUGAUAUGAUAUGAUGAACAAUAAAAGUAUUUCAGUGAGAGAUUAGAAGAAUAAAAUAAUAACAGGGUUUGGAGUAUGAAUUUACAUAAGCAUCAGAUGAGGAAAACAUGUAAGACUAGAAACUGAAAUUCCCAGCUAUUUGAUAAAAGAUGAUCUGAAAGAAAAUGUCUCAUUUUGUGGUUGAAUUUCACGACUUCAUACUUUGAUGAUGGGUCAAGGGAAUAUGUCACCUUUUAGAACUUUAUGACCAAAUGCCUGUUUUGUUUUAUCAGAGAUAACCUUGCCACCAUUUUGGGAGAGGGGGGGGGGGGAGUUGGGAAUAGAGGAUCACGUUCUGUUUCAUUUUCUUAGCAGCUGCACCUAUUAAAAAGGGGGGGAAAAAUGCUUUCAAAUGACACCAAGAACAACCUAAAAUAUAUGUAGUAGUUCAUGUUCACAAUUAAGGAAUUAUGAUAUUAAUUUUAUAAAAAGUUAUAUCUUUGAGUUGAUAUGAUUAUUAAAGUGCAAUACUGUUUCCUAUGUAUAAAUACCUAUAAAAAGGGUGAUUUAUAUUUAGAAAGUCUCAGAUUCAUAGGUUAUUAAUUAUGAUGAUGAUGAUGAUAUACAAAAUCUUUAGAGUUUUUAAUACAGUUUAUAUUAUUACUGCAUACUUUUGUGCUAAAAUUAUGGGAAGCUAAAAAUUUCAAAAAUUUGUUUACACUGCAUAUUUCUUGUGUUUACUGUGCUCUUCCUUAAUUCAAAAGGUGAAGACAAUUAUCUUACUAAUCUUUCCUAGACAGUGAAGAAUGAUUUAAGAGUUAAAUUAGCUGAUACUUUGAACCUCUAUUGUUGGAGAUUUAUGUCACAAUUGGCUUUCCAUAGUUAAACCACAUCUUUAGACCAGAGUUUAAAUUAAACCCGACUUCAGAAUAUGGGCCAAUAAGUCAAUGUAAAAAAAAAAAACCAGGAGUCAACUCAAUAUUUCUCAAGGUUUUACAAGUAAAGCUGUGAUGAAACCUUCACUGAUGCCUCAUCUGAGUGAUUUCUUUGUUACCAAACAAGGUCUCUGUGAGUAGCCUUUUGGUAUGCUAAGCACAGAGCUGCCAAUUUGCCAACCAUUCCCAUACUUAAGGAUUCAGACCAUUUUAUCAUUCGAUAGAGUUAUAACACAUGUACAUUUCUUAUUUGAGUUGAGGAUUGAAUUAGGAUUGUUUGUGAAUUGAAUAUAACUGUUAUUUCUAACUCUGUACAUGGAAUGUAUGGUACUGAUUUGGGCUUACAUUAAACAUUGAAAACAUGCACAACUCAUAUUCCUAAGGGGUGCUUCACAAAGAUUUAAACCCAACUAUUAUGCUUUAACAUUUACAUGACAUUAAAUGUGUAUUGAUGACCACGGUUGGGUCCAUCCCAAGCAUGAUCUGACCAAUGUCGUCAUUCUGUAUAUGUAUCACACACAACUGGGUAUUCAAGGGUGAAUUAAAUUUUUAUGAAACAUCCCUUGAUUUUGUAAGUUUAUAAAAAAGUACUGACUUAAAAAAAGAAUUAUAUUUGUUAUGCAUUUGACGAGUUGUAGCUUCUAAUGGAUGAAAAACAAAUAAAUAAAUACAUUUAUGGAUAAAAGUAUUUGUAGCUAACUUGCUAUUGUAUGUGACUAUAAAUUGUAUUUGACACAUUUUAGACCUGUAUAUAAAGUAAAUGUUGUGUAUGUUAAGGCCUUUGGUUGUAUACAAUGGAAAAAGUCUAUUUACCUUUAGCAGUGUACAUGUAUUAGCAGAAGCUAUUCAACUCCUUAUUUUUACUUUUUUUAUUUUUUUUUUAAAUUAUGUUAAAUUAUAUAUGAAUUGCAGCUAUAUAAUGAACAUUCUUUUGCAAAAGUUACUAACUUUUUGCUAUUAUUGUACAUACAAUUGAUGUUGAACUAAAUAUGAAUGUUUUAUAUAUUGUAGAAAAAUUUGUCAAAAAUUAGAAAGUAUAUUCAAUGUUGGUACCCCAAAAUGAUUAUUUUUUAUAAUUCAGAUGCAUUUGUCCACAAUGAGAAUAUAUUAUGUUUGAGUAUUUUUCUUUUCAUAACUCAACAUGCCUUCAUUAUCAUACAUGUACAUUAAUACAAAUGUAUAUUCUCAAUUAUAAGUUCUCUCUUUUUCUUUUCUUUACUUUAAUGAAUUCUUGUGAUUGUUGUACAUAUUCAUGGACAGUGAACGUUGAACCAAAAAUGAAUUAUUUUUAUACAUUCAGAAUUUUAGAUACCAUUCUUUUUGUCAAAAAAUGAGAAUAUAUCAAAUAUUUUUCUUUUUAUGAUAAAAAAUGCCUUCAUUGUUAUUCAUGUAAAUGCUAAUACAAGAGACUGAAUUAUUAUCAAAUUCUUUCAUAAUUUGAUUCGAUUCUUGUGAUUACUGCACAUAUGCAGCGAAUAUUAACCAACAAACAUUUUAAUAUUUAAGAUAUUUUAUUCUGAGAAUGAGAAUAUAUCAUGUCUUGAAUAAUUUUCUUUUCCUUACCAAUAUGCCUUUAUUUUCAAACGUACAUCAAAGCUAACUGCAAAUUUCACAUGUAUCUGUAUUAUGAAUUGGCUUGAGUAUUAUGACUGUGAUCAUGGGAUAACAGAGUUACUAAAGAACAAAAUAAAGAUCAUAAUAAUA